GGAGUGGUGGGGUUAGUGUGAUGGUGUGUGCCUGUGUGGGAGGUGAUGCCAGUGUUACAUUGUCAGUCACUCGGAUCAAGGAGACCAGCAGUCACUGCUACCUCGGCCCUCAUAUAACUUUCACGUUUCUUAAGAAAAAUAAUGCCGCCACUAUGGUAACCAUCAUCCUGAGAGACGUCAACGACAUGGCUCCUGAGUUCGUGACGCCCAACGAGACGGUGGUGGAAGAGAACACUCCAGUAAACACGGUAGUGAUGGCUGUGAAGGCCGUGGACCGCGAUGAAGGACGCAAUUCUUACAUAGAAUAUUCGCUGGCUCCCGUGCCCGGCAACCGGUUUGCUCUUGGUCCCGUCGACGGUCUCUUGAGGAUCGCGGCCCCGCUAGACCGUGAAGAACGGGCCAAUUACUCUCUGGUGGUGACGGCCAGAGAUCGCGGUAACCCGCCGAAUGCUCACACCCUUACCAUCAGCCUGCGCAUCGCUGACGAGAACGACAAUUCUCCCAUCUUUGACCCCAAGCAGUACUCGGCCAGCGUGCCGGAGAACGCCUCCAUCGGCCUCUCAGUGCUGCAGGUUUCGGCUACUGACGCCGACGAGAGCCUCAACGGCCGCGUCCGCUACACCAUCGUGGCUGGCGACAAGAACCGCGACUUUUCCAUCAGUGAGGACACCGGCGUCAUCCGAGUGGCCAAGAACCUCAACUACGAGCGUCGUAACCAUUAUCUGCUGACUGUACAAGCUGAGGACUCGGGUGCAGAUGUCCGCUAUGACUCCGCCACCGUCACCAUCUCCAUUAUGGACAUUAACGACAACGCUCCCGUGUUUUUGGACUCGCCCUACCUUGUUUACGUGAUGGAGAAUAUGGCGGCGCUGCCGGCACCGAUCGCCACCGUCACCGCCUUCGAUGCAGACAACCCGCCCUACAACCGCGUCAACUACCUGGUGAAGGAGGGCGACAAGUCUGUGUUCUCUGUGAACGCCACCUCGGGGCAGAUAAGCCUCUUGAGGGCGCUAGAUCGUGAACAACGAGACUACUACACCCUGACUGUUGUCGCCAUGGAUACUGGCACUCCACGGCUGACCGGCACUGGCACUAUCUCUGUGCUGGUACAGGAUGAGAAUGAUCACGCGCCGAGGUUCGAUAAGGAAGAAUAUGAAGCCGCUGUUAGUGAAGCUGUGGCCGUGGACACUCAGGUCAUUGUGGUCGCUGCUACUGAUAGUGACUCCGGUGCCAACGCAAAGAUCAGGUAUUCACUGGUGGAAGGUGCUGCUGGAGUGUUCAUGGUGGAGGAGUGGACAGGAAUCAUCCGGACGGUGGCUAAACUCGAUAGGGAGGCUGUAGCUCAGUAUUCAUUGGUCCUGGAGGCUCAAGAUUCAUCCCUAACCGAGCCUCGCUCGGCCACCACCCAAGUGACAGUGACGGUGACUGAUGAGAAUGACAAUGCCCCAACCUUCUCCCAAGAGCAAUACCUCAUCCAUGUACCUGACCCUAUGGUGUCAGGAAACUUCGUGUUUGGUGGUGAGGCUCGGGACCCGGACGAGGGCGUCAAUGGCCGUGUGACCUACUACCUUUCUGGUAAUGAUGCAGACAAAUUCUACAUGAAUCAGGAAACAGGUGUGAUCAAGGCAUCAACACCUCUGGCUGGGGAAGGCGAGUAUCACCUGGAAGUCCUGGCAACAGACUCUGGAGAGACCCCACUAUCAACCACAGCUAAACUCCAGGUCUUCCUCCGACCAAAUAAUCUUUUCCCUGUCUUUGAGCCACUUGAAAAGACCUUUAGCUUCAGUGAGGCAGCAAGGGGGGAUCUAGUCACCAGCCUCACAGCCACCUCUCCUAAAGCAGGACCCACAGGCAAUGUGCACUUCAGUAUUGCAGGUGGCAAUGUGGGCCAGGCUUUUGUAGUGGAUAAGAAGACAGGGGAGUUGAGGAUCUCUCAGCAUGGGCUUGACUAUGAGACUGCACCUCGUUAUGAGGUGUGGGUUGCCGCAGAGGACUCUGAUGAUCCACCACUAACCUCUGUCACUCAGAUUGUAGUUAAUGUCACAGACUUCAAUGAUAAUGCUCCUGUGUUCUCUCAGGCUAUAUACAAUGCUAGCAUCCUAGAGGCUCAGAACCCACCUCAGCUAGUUGCUACUGUAAGCGCCACUGACCGCGACUCUGGAACUAAUGCUCAAGUUAUUUAUCAGCUCAGGCGCGACUCACCAGCUGCAGAAGCAUUUACUCUGGAUGCUGAGACCGGUCAGAUCUAUACGAAAAUCCAGCUGGAUCGUGAGGAGGUAGAAGUAUACACAUUAAUGGUAGAGGCAGUGGACAAGGGAAUACCAGCACAGACUGGAACAGCUAUGGUUGUUGUCACAGUCCAGGAUAAAAAUGACAAUCCACCACGCUUCACUCGCUUGUUUAGUGUUAAUGUUACAGAGAACGCUGAAGUGGGAACAUUUGUUAUUCAGGUAACAUCUAGUGAUCGAGAUAUCGGUGAAAAUGCAAAUGCUACUUACAGUUUUACUGAAAAUCCUGGUGGCAAAUUCUAUAUUGAUUCUUUGAGUGGUAAUGUGACCGUGGCACGAGCCAUUGAUCGGGAGUUAAAUGAUGAGUACCUUCUGAAGGUGUCUGCUGUCGAUGGGUCAUGGCGGGCUGAGACUCCUCUCACCAUUACUGUACAGGAUGAAAAUGACAAUGCUCCAGAGUUUGAACAGAGCUACUACGUUUUCAAUUUCCCGGAGCUACAGCGCAGCGUUGCCUUUGUUGGUCAGGUUACAGCCACAGACAGAGACAAGCAGGGUCCUAACAGUGUUAUAUCAUAUUCUCUCAAGUUCCCUUCAGAUUUCUUUAGUGUUGACCCAGCAAGUGGGGAGAUCUUAUCCAAGCAGGCCCUUCAGUACAAGCACACACUCAAGGGCCCUUCUCCUGAAAACCAGUACAAUCUUGCAGUGGUAGCUACUGAUAAUGGGAAGCCUCCCAUGUCUUCUGAAAGCUCAGUGGUGAUCAAUGUUGUGGAUGCAAAUAACAAUCCACCUAGAUUUUCUCAAGACCGCUACUUCACGCCUGUCCCAGAAAGUUCUUCUAUUGGCCAAUCUAUCAUUCAGUUAAAAGCAAUUGAUGAUCGAGAUUUUGGCAUUAAUGCUGAGAUAGAGUAUCAAAAGGUGGGAGGCAAUGGAACAGACUUCUUUGCCCUGGAGCAAAAGACUGGUUGGAUCACAGUGACACGACAGUUGACGGGACGUAUAGAUACACAGUUUGUAUUACUAGUCAGAGCCCUUGAUCGUGGUGUUCCGCCACUACAGGAUGAAGUACUUGUAACGCUAGUGGUCACCGGUGAAAACAAACAUGCCCCUGAGUUCACGGCUCUCAGCUACCAGGUCAUCGUACCUGAGAAUGAACCUUUAGGAUCUGAUAUUGGAACCCUCAUCGCUAAGGAUAGUGAUAAAGGCCCCAAUGGACUUGUCCGAUAUUCAAUUACAAGCGGUAAUGAAGCUGGUAAAUUUGCCAUCAAUGAGAAAACGGGAGAUGUAACCAUAAUGCAUCCCUUAGAUUAUGAUGCUGUACAAGAGUAUAGACUCAACAUCACUGCCCAUGACUUGGCAUUUGUACCUCUACAGUCCACAGCCAUACUCACUGUCAUCCUUAUUGACAUUAAUGACAAUCCCCCCAGAUUUAGCCAACAGCAAUAUGAUGCUUAUAUUGCAGAAAAUGCCAAUGCUGGGACAACAGUGUUCAAAUUAAAUGCCACAGAUAUAGAUUCAGCACGAAAUGCAGUCAUUCAGUACACACUAGUUGGUGGUGAUGGCAAAGAGUUCUUCUCAAUUGACCCAGAUACUGGUGUAGUGACCUCUAAGAGAGUCUUCGACUAUGAAGAGAAAAGUCGUUAUGUUUUAAACAUAAGAGCUGCCAAUAAUCCUGACUCAUCACAGUGGGGCUCGACAGCAGUAAUAGUGCAUGUAACAGGUCGCAAUGAGUUCUUUCCACGCUUCAUCCAGUCAGUCUUUCAAUUCACUGUGUCAGAAUCUGCACAGAUUGGCACAUCCGUGGGUGCCAUCCAAGCCACAGAUGAGGACAAGGGUGAAGAUGGUAUGGUGUACUAUCUCUUGGUUGGUGCUAGUAAUGAUCGAGGGUUCUUGAUCCAGCCCACGACUGGUGUUAUAACAGUGGCCCGCAGCCUUGAUCGAGAAAGUCAGAACAGAGUCGUUCUUACAGUCAUGGCCAAGAACGCAGGCAGCAUUCGUGGUAAUGACACUGAUGAAGCCCAGAUAACCAUUUCCAUACAAGAUGGUAAUGAUCCUCCAGUGUUCUCUCAACCAUUAUAUGAGACACGACUCUCUGAAGGUGCUCUCAUGGGUACCCUGGUGCUGACUGUGGCAGCUGUGGAUUCUGAUGUUCAGCCACAGAAUAAUCAGUUCAUCUACUCCAUCACUGGAGGUAACUUGGGGCAAGUGUUUAAGGUAGAUCCACAAAGUGGCGUCAUAGAGACAACAGCUCAGUUAGACCGUGAAACUAUUCAGGUUUAUAACCUGACAGUAGGUGCCAUUGAUAAUGGGACUCCACCACAAACUGGGACUACCCUUGUCCGGGUUAUACUGGAUGACGUUAAUGACAAUGGUCCACAGUUUGAUCCACCUGACAUAGUGGGUUAUGUGGCCGAAAAUGAGCCAGCAAUGACUUCUGUGAUGACUCUAAGCGCCACUGAUCCAGAUCUAGCACCCAACACACAGCCUUUCAUCUACUAUAUUGUUGGAGGUGAGCAUCGAGAGUUCUUCACAGUUGACCAGGCAACAGGAGAGGUCAAGACAACUCGUAGUAUUGAUCGUGAGACCACACCUGAGUUGACCUUCCGUAUUGAGGUUGAAGAUAGUGGUAAACCAAAGAUGAAGUCUGAGUAUCCUGUGUCAAUCAUUGUCCUGGAUAAGAAUGACUCGCCUUCAACACCUAGGACAGUCACAGUGAAGGUACAGACAUUCCAGGGAGUGUUCCCUGGUGGAAAGGUUGCUGAUGUACACCCCAAUGAUGCAGACACAGCUGGCCAGUACUCUUGCCAGAUCCUCACCCAAGAUGCUGCAAUCUUUAACAUCCCUAAUGCCUGCAAUCUACAUGCUGCCAGAGUGCCACGUGACCGUACCUAUACUCUCAGUGUAUCUGGAAAUGAUGGUAAACAUCCUGAUGUCACUUCAAAAGUCACACUUGAGUUUGAAUCUUUUGAUAAUGCUACCUUGGACAACAGCCUCACUCUGCGGCUGCUCAAUGUAACAGCAGAACGGUUCCUUCGCUUGUAUUACAAGCCUUUUAUAGAUACUCUGUUGCCUAUUUUUGCAGGAGGUCAAGUGCGCAUUUAUUCUAUGCUUGAUGUUGACUCGCACACAGACUUAACACUAACGGUGGCCGGAUCGGGCACAAAUUCUUUCUUGCGCCCAGCAGAGGUAACACGUAAGCUGGCAGCUGAGGAACCAACACUCACUCAGUCUCUUCAGGGACUACAACUCAUUGUAGAUUACAAUCCUUGCAGUGAUAUGCCAUGUAAGAAUGGUGGAGAAUGUUCUCAUGGCAUUCAUGCUUAUGCUGACACUGAAAUUACUGACUCUCCCAGCUUUAUUUUUACCUCACCUCUCAUCCGCCAUGAUGUGUCAUGUAGAUGCCGUCAGGGCUUCACUGGGCCAAAGUGUGAGCUGCGCCAAGAUCCCUGUUCACCCAACCCAUGCCAAUUUGGUGGCACUUGUGCAAGGAAGGGUUUCCAUUUCAUGUGCACUUGCCCUCCCACCCGACAAGGGCCACAAUGUGAGUUUGACAAAACUAAUGCAUGUGAUGAUAACCCAUGCCGCAAUGGUGGGUCCUGUCAGACAACACUUGAAGGUGGAUUCUUCUGCCUGUGCCGCCCUGGCUACCGUGGUAACCAGUGUGAACUAGCCAGUGAGUCUUGCCGCCCCAGCCCUUGCCUCAAUGGUGGCACCUGUGUAUCGCUAAAGCCUGGCUAUCGCUGCUCAUGUAAAACAAACUUCUAUGGCACUCACUGUGAGAAAUCCACGUUUAGCUUCAGUGAGUUGUCAUACAUGACGUUCCCUACGCUAGAUUCUACCACCAAUGACAUUUCUAUUAUCUUCUCCACUAACAAGCCAGAUGCUCUUCUCGUUUACAACUAUGGCUUGCAGACAGGCGGACGAUCAGACUUUGUGGCCAUAGAACUGAAGGGUGGACAGCCUCGCUUCAGCUUUGGUGGUGCACGGACAGCUAUCUCAAGGAUCCAGGUGGGGCACGACGUCGCUGAUGGCAAAUGGUACAAGUUGACAGCAACCCGCAAUGGACGCGUUAUCUCCCUUAGUGUGGCUACUUGUACCCACAAUGGUGAGACGUGUGGAGAGUGUCGGCCAGGAGACACUUCAUGUUAUAACGACGACACUGGCCCCACAGGGACACUGAAUUUCAACAAUGAGCCGUUGUACUUGGGUGGUGUGAUGACGGUGGACCCACUGCAGGAGCGACCGGGGCAGGUGCUGGCUGAUGACUUCAUUGGUUGUAUCCAGACAGUCUCCAUCAAUGGCAGACCCCUUAACCUCUCUGGACCCAUCCAGGCACGAGGCAUAUCAGACACCUGCGAGCGUGUGGCUGAUGUGUGCAUGGGCAGCCCAUGUGGUGAGGGUGCCACCUGCCUGGAUCGCUGGUCUACCCAUAUGUGCCGCUGUGCCAAUGGUCUGGUGGCUCCAGAUUGUGAAGCUUCUCUUCGCCCUGCAGCCUUCACCCGUGGUGCUUAUGUCGAGUUCCUCAUCACAGAGCAGCACCGACGACGCCAGCUGCUACCACGCCUCUACCAGCAGCACUCCAGGUGGUCACGAGAAGCACAUGCCUACCACACCCGCACCCAUCACAUCCGUGCCCACAAAACCCGUCCCAGACCCACACGUCAAGUCCCACCACCUCCACCAAAGAGCCUCUCCUUCAGUUUCCGAACACGAAUGGACAGUGGCCUCCUACUGCACUCUGCCACCAAUAAUGAUUACACACUCGUUGAGAUCCGAGGUGGCUUCCUGCAGUACACUUCCAAACUGGGUGCCAAUCAACCCAUCAACAUGACUAUUCUUGAUGUGGCUGUAAAUGACGGAGACUGGCAUAACCUGACACUGCUGGCAGCACAGUCAGCUCUUAGACUUAUGCUUGAUGGUAACAUUGUUGGUGAUGAGCUGGACUUGCCCUUCAUCCAUGACUUCCUUGAUGCCUACCUCACCUCCCUCACAUUGGGUGCUGCACCCCGCUUCACUGGCCACCUGCCUUACACACUCACUGGCUUUGUGGGUUGCAUGUCAACAUUCAGUGUGGAUGGGGAAGUGCAGCCACUCAACUCAACAGGGUCAUUACUGGAUGCUGUGGCUCGAGGAGUGGCAUUGGUCACAGACUGCACAGCGGCAGACCUGGGCACAGCCACCUCCACAGACCCUCUUUCCAUCGGCAUCACACUCGUUAUUGUUUUUUUUGUGCUCCUCCUAGUUGCUAUUCUAGUUUCCUUCAUUGUGUACCGUGUGAGACGCCAGAGACGCGAGAAAGGGGGUGUGCACGUCAAGCAAAAUGGAUCGGCUCUCCUUGCCAAUACCUCCUCAGACUCUGGGAGAUCUCCCCAGGAUUCUGGUUAUGUGGAAAAUGCAGAGAUGACAGAUGAUGUGCUUCGCUCGCAUCUCUCCCAGGAGUUGGCAACGAAGAAAUACAAGGAGCGUGAUCACGAGCGGCCACAGCGACCAGAUAUAAUUGAGCGAGAAGUGAUGAAUAAGUCACCUGGUGUUCCACUACGUGUGGAUGAAUCGCAACUACAGGAGAGGGACACCAUGGCUGGUUUAGGUCACAUACCAGACUCGGAGGCUCCAGAACAUUACGACCUAGAAAAUGCUUCAUCCAUUGCACCUUCUGACAUAGACAUUGUGUACCAUUAUAAAGGAUAUAGGGAUGGCAACGUUCGCAAGUACAAGACCAAUCCUCAUGUGCCUGGGUAUCAUAAACACAAUCAUCGCCAUUCACCUCACAAUUUCCCCAACACACCACACCGUGAGAGCCCUCGUAACUUGAUGAGACAGAGUCCAAAUCCUGUGGCACCACGGGAAUCUCCAUCAGUGUUGAAAAUGCAGUCUACGCCUCUUGCCCGCCUCUCACCCUCAUCAGAGCUGUCUCAGCAAACACCGCGUAUCCUCACAUUGCAGGACAUUAGCGGUAAACCUCUGCAGACAGCUCUUCUUGCAACCUCACAAGGACCAGGUGUGAAGGAUGUCAUGUCCACAAGUGAACGAUCCCUAAAUUCACCUGUUUCACACCUUUCCCAGUCAUCUGGUUCAAUGCAUGCAUCAUCACAAUCAACAAAGAAGAAGAAACAUGACAGCAGUGUGAGUCUGGGCCUGACUCCUGAGGAGAUAGAACGACUAAACACCAGGCCUCGCAACUCUUCCCUGGUGUCAACACUGGAUGCUGUUUCUUCUUCCAGUGAAGACAACCAGCGUAAAGACAAACUUGCAGAGCUCAUUGAGACCAACACAGAGCUUUUGGAGCCACCAGACUCUUCUACUGAUGAGUCUGGCAAUGACUCCUUCACUUGCUCAGAGUUUGAAUAUGAAAACAACUAUGAGAAAGUGACUCGUGAUUUUGGUCCGGGUAACAUGAUCUUCAGCAAACUAGCAGAGGUAGACAAUGAGAAUGAACAUGACAAUGAGUCGGCAAAAAACUAUGAUGGCUUUGAUUCUUUUCGAGGCUCGCUCAGCACACUGGUGGCAUCAGACGACGACUUGAGCAACAUGAGCUCCUACAAGCCACCCAACGGCUCCACGUUCGGCUGGGACUACCUGCUCAACUGGGGCCCCAACUUCGAGAGCCUAGUUGGCGUGUUCAAGGACAUCGCCGAACUACCGGACAAUACUACCAACGGCCGAGUGAGUGCUCGGGGCACACCCAAACCCAGCGAGGAGUACGUGUAGCGGCAGCUAGAGCUGAGCGAGGACAUUAUGUAGCAGCCGCCAAAGCCUAUAAUUUAUAAGGAGAGAAAACAGCCUGACACCCUCAUGAGUCUAGUGUAUCCUGGCGCAGUUUUUGUGUACAGAUGACACCCUUGGAGAGACUUGUGUGGAAAGGUGUAUAGGGCUGUUAAGGUUCAAGUAGACACAACACUGAACACUAAAAACUCCUGCCGAAGGAGCAUUUUGUCACAUGACUUUUGCCCAUGUGAUUGGCAUUAUAUUUCGUGAAGGUGUACACAAACUACGCUUCUAGUUCUAUACAAGUGUGGCUCGACUGCUGUCUAGACAGUCUUGCCAAGGACUCCAUAUUUUUACGAAUUUGUUUUCUGCCUUGGCCAUUUAUGAGAAACACUGAUGGCAGCUGGCAUGUCCGAUGGUCAUGUGACAGCACCUCUGUCACAAAGCCAAUAUUGCAGCUUGGAAACAAUUUGUGGAGGUAAAAUGGCCAAUGGUAGCAUCAUAACACAUCAUUUUCAUCUCUUAAUAAGCAUCAUGUCUCAGUGGCCAAAUGUUUAAUUAAGUGCCGAGUUCAAGUUGCCAAAACUAAAGAUGUUUGCAUAAUAUAGAUGAGUUUCUGGUUCCGAGUUGCCAAACGUUGAAGUGCCUUGUGCUCUUUGAUUCAUGGAAAAUAUUGUGAAUUCUCAGAU